CAGUUCCAGUUGUGUGAUUUUUACCUCAAAAUAUUCUACUAUACAUACCCCAAACAUGUUCCGCACUGCGCUUUCCCAAAGUUAUGAAAUUAUCAAGGAGCAAUCGUCUGAACCCGCAUUGAAGCAAACAUCUGAAACUCCUAUGUCAGUUGCGCGCCAAUCCGCUACCUGCAGAUGCCGUUGAAAGCCGCGCUAACUUGAUCAUUCCUGUACCCGUAGUGUUGAUGUGACUCUGUGUGUUAAACGUUUCGUCAAAAUGCAAUCCCCUGUAAAUGAUUCUGCUCCAUCGUCGCCGGUCGACGAGAAUGUGUUGAUCGAAAAGACGGCUUUCAAAGAAGAGCUGAGCCGUAAACGACAGCUGCAGCUGGAGGCACUGGAAAAAAAGCUAGCGGGUUUUGCAAAAUUCAGCCAAGAACAUUCCAAAAAAAAGGCACAGCCAACUAAUGGUAAAAGAAAGCUGAAAAGCAUUGAAAAUUUGCGUAAAGAUGACUAUGACAACAAUAACAACGAGGAUAUGAUCGAGUUCACGGAAACGCCGUCCUACAUGAACGCCGUAAUGCGCGAUUACCAAAUUGCAGGGCUUAACUGGCUAAUUUCGCUCUACAACAAUAAUCUGAACGGCAUACUGGCGGACGAGAUGGGGCUGGGAAAAACGAUUCAGUCCAUUUCGAUGAUUGGGUAUCUGCUUAACGUACGUAAGCUGAAAGGACCGUUCCUGGUGGUAGUCCCGCUUUCGACGCUGCCCAACUGGUUGAAUGAGUUCAACAAGUUCCUGCCGGGGGCUAAAGUGCUUCGCGCACACAUGGUCGGUCCGCAGAAGACGGAAAUUUUUAGGAAAUUGCGCGCGUCGAAACCGACUUGGAAUGUUGCCAUCACAUCGUACGAGUUCAUGGCAAAUAACCCCGGGAGCUUCACAUCGACUAACUUCCAUUACGCCAUUAUUGACGAGGGCCACCGGGCGAAGAACGAAAACACGAUAUUUGCCGGCGUGCUGCGACGCUGCAAGAUCCAGAGCAUGGUGAUGCUGACCGGUACGCCGGUGCACAACAAUCUGCACGAGCUGUGGGCACUGCUGAACCUGCUGAUGCCACUGUUCUUUAACAGUGCGGACAAUUUCGACUCCUGGUUUAAGGUAGAGGACUGUGUCGAUCCGAAGCACGAGCAGACGAUUCGGUUGAAGAAGCUGCUGAAACCGUUGCUACUGCGACGCACCAAGAAGGAGGUGACCAGCGAUAUCCCGCCCAAGGUGCACAUUGACAUCUACGUGCCCCCGACCGAGCAAAUGUGCUUGUGGACACACAAAGUGUUGCAUCGCGAGGUGAAGCUGAUAAUGGGUUCCGGGGAGACGAAGGAAAUGAGGAUCGUUAGUCGACUGCCACACAUGCGCAAAGUUAUUCAACAUCCAUACUUAAUUCCGGGGGCAGAAAAUCUGAAUACGAACCUGGUUACCGACGAAAUUGUGCAGUUCAGUUCGAAAAUGAUAGUUCUUGAUAAGCUGCUGGCAAGGCUGCGAGCGCGUGGCUCGCAGGUUCUAAUAUUUAGCCAGUUUGUUACGGUGCUGUACCUGCUGAUGGACUAUCUGGAUUGGCGCGAGUACGAGUACUGUAUGCUGGAAGGCCACACCGACAUCGCUGAGCGGCAGGAACAGAUGAACGAGUUCAAUCGGCCCGAUUCGACCAAGUUUGUCUUUCUGCUGUCGACCCGUGCCGGUGGUCUCGGCAUCAACCUACCGGCGGCCGACACCGUCAUCUUCUACGACAUGGACUUCAAUCCCCAGAUGGACUUCCAGGCGGAGGAUCGAGCGCAUCGUAUCGGGCAGCAGCGAAAGGUGCACGUGUUUCGAUUGCUAGUGCGCGGCAGCAUCGAUGAGCUGCUUUACCUACAUUCCGAGCGCAAACGGCAGCUGGACGAGGCGGUCAUCCGGACGGAGACCAAACCGUCCAAGAAGUUGCUGAUGUCGGCUUACGAGUAUCAGCGCACUUCCCUCAUGGCUGACGGGCUGAUCGAUGAAGCGGCCGUAGACACGAAGCUAGACGAGCUGUUCCACAAGAUGGGCAGCCUGACUCGUGUUACAGCUUCGACCGAUUCGGGUAUUAUGGAAGAUUGCCAGAUAAUCGUGCCCGGAGUGAGCUGCGAUCUAAAAUUCGAUACAGUGCUGUCCACAGCCCAGAUGAUCGAGAAGCGUAAGGCGGAGGAAGCAAUCGUUCCAGUACCGGCGAAGCGUUUACGGCGCAGCGUGCAAGGCAAUUAUUACUAGGCGAGGAGGCUACAACGAUAUCUGUUUGUUUUGAUUUGAAGGACCUUUUCAUUCGAGCAGAAGCAAAUUUUUCGCUAGAACGCGGUCUUACCUCAGUGUUUUGUUUAAGUUACCUGAACUUCAGUAUUUUGUGACUUGAUGUAAUAUUACUCUUGGCUUAUCUUAGCUUAGCUUAGCUUGAUGUAAUAUUGUAUCUUACUUUAUUCCAUUGCAUGUCCAUAGGACGAAUAAAUACUCAUUUGCAUUUAACGAUAAAAUAA